CCAUGAUGUUUGCCCAGCGCACCCAGAAGUGUGCGAGCUCCGUGCUGCUGAUAGCACUGCUGUGCUGCAUCCUUUCUCCUCCAGCACAAGCCAGCAAGAGCUCGGAGGACAUCCGCUGCAAGUGCAUCUGUCCCCCGUACCGGAACAUCAGUGGGCACAUUUACAACAAGAAUGUGUCGCAGAAGGACUGCAACUGCCUGCAUGUUGUGGAGCCGAUGCCGGUGCCAGGGAAUGAUGUGGAGGCCUACUGCCUGCUGUGUGAAUGCAAGUACGAGGAGCGCAGCACCACCACCAUUAAGGUGAUCAUCAUCAUUUACUUGUCCGUGGUGGGGGCACUGCUGCUUUACAUGGCUUUCCUUGUGCUGGUGGACCCUCUGAUCCGGAAGCCAGAUGCUUAUACCCAGCCCCUGCACAAUGAGGAGGAGAAUGAGGAUGCUCGCUCCUUGGCCGCAGCCCCGACCCCGUCUGGCGCUAGAGCCAACACGGUGCUGGAGAGGGUGGAGGGGGCCCAGCAGCGCUGGAAGCGCCAGGUGCAGGAGCAGAGGAAGACAGUUUUCGACCGCCACAAGAUGCUGAGCUAG